CUACCCCUACCCAAUUCUCACCAUCUCCCCCCUUUCAUCACAAGCACCAUUUUGAUCCGAAACUCAUCAUGCCCUAGCACCAGUCGCAUCGUAUCUUCGACUCUGCAGAUAGCCAUCUGCCCCGGUUCUUCAAUGCCACGCAAGAAGCCCAAGAAGGGCCACAAGGGCAAAAACAACAAGCCAAGGCCUUUGCCACAGCGCUCAUCCAGCAAUAUCCAGACACCCCCCGCCCAUCGUUCCCGUCGAGACAUUCCACAUGCCUUCUCGCUUGCAGAAGAAGCAAGGUUUACAUCUGGCCAUCGUACUCAUACCUUUGAGUCAGGCACAAAGCUUCGUCACCGCCCCGUUCAAUUCGUCAGCGCCGGCCUUUUGCAAGGCACGAUUCCUCAGAAGGAGUUUUCGGCCCUGCCUGUUGGUCUCAAGACUGUUCAGGACACAGCCAUCUCAUUAGAGUCUCUUUCUGGUCGUCACGCCAUCAAAGUUCGCGGACCAGAGCCAGAGCCAGAGCCAGAGCACAUUGUCGCCGCUGCCACUGCAUCAGCAAUUGCACAAUUGAGCAUUCGCAGCGAAAGCCCACAGCUUCAUGGACAGAACUCUGAUUCAAGCAGCGAGGACGAAAUUGUCUUCCAGGGGCGAUCUGCCAUGCCUGCUCCAACAAUCUCAAAUUUUGCCCCUGCACCCCAAAAAGAGACCGACCCGAAUCAGUCACGAGGCAAUUCAUCACCAAAGGUGAUGUCCGAUCCCGAUCCUGAUGAAGACAGCGUUGUCCAGACCUACUUCAACCAACGACUGGGUGGACAGUCCAAAUGGAUGGUUGGAACAACACCUUGGGAGUCUCGGUCCAAACCCGGCAUUGGCUGGCUUCCAGUUUCCGACAGACCUGAAAUGGCCACAUUCCUAGAUGACUCUACCACGGCCGCUAUGGAUGACUACCUACAAAACACACAGGAGUUCAAUGUACAAGAUAGUCUUAAGGCUUCCUUUGUACGCCGAGCGCUGGAUGUUGGCCAGGAUGUCCCCACUCAAGAAUCAACAGAUGGUGAACAGGGCAGCUCUGCCGACGAGGCAAACUCAAUCGCUGAAAAUAUUGACGAGCUGAAUGAAUGGGACUCAGACUUGAUUCGUGAUCUAGGAGAUAUCAGUACCUCGUACAGUUCCGUUUCUUCCGAACCUAUCAGGCGCAUUGUUUCCAAACGAGCUCGCAAGAGCGGUCUACAGUAUCUUGUCGUGUACGAUGGACACACUCUAGACGAUGCACGCUGGAUCCCCGCCAGGCUAGUCAAAACGCCCCGAGAGCUGGAGCUUGUAGAGAUAUUCGAAUCCUCACACAUGGAGCGCUACCGUUCUAAUGUCUCUGCUAGUGGAAGCGACAGUGAGUCGCUCAGCCUCGGUGCUAGCGAUUGGGAUGACGACGAAGAUGAAGGCGACGAUGACAACGACGACGAUGAUGACAACGCCUUUGAGGACGCGGGUUUGUCGCCUAGUGUGAUUGGCGAUGGGGACAUGGAUGAUGAACAUAUCGCACGAAUACUUCAGAAGCAGGAGGAACUUGGAUUGGGAUCAGACGACAUUGUUCUAUUUGGGCACGAUGAUGUACAUGGCGCAGCUGUUGCUUCAAUGAACGAUUCUCAUCAUCGAGAAGCAUCAUGGAAGCGUCCCUAUUCAAAGAGCAAACGCCCACAAAGAGGGUUUCCUGUUGCAUCUGCCAUGGCAGAAAUGCUCGAACAGGAUCCUUAUGAUGGAUUUGACAUCAUGGACACGGAACGUCCAUCUCUGCGACCAAGAAAAAAGGGACGUCGAGGUCAAAUGCCCCCGGAGUUAUCUGAUUCGGACCUGAAUUCUCAGAUGCAGGCCGCAUGGGAGAAGGACCGUGCUACAAAACGGCUCAAGAAGGCCGAGAGAGAGGAGUUGCGAAAACAGGGUUUACUUGGCCGGAAAGGAAGAGCAGAAAACCCGAACGACAAGUACCUAGACUUCAAUGAAGUCACGGAAGAGAUACGCGAGUUCAUGUUCUCUAAGAUGCAGACUCUUUCACUGCCUCCGAUGGAAGCAAAGCGCCGCGCUGUGAUUCAUCAGUUUGUUCAUCAGCUUGGCCUGAGCUCUAGGUCGCGUGGAGACGGGGCGAAUAGAUUUACAGUCUUGUCCAAGACACUCAGAACGAGAAGGAUCGAUGACGAGGAAUUCGAUGAUAUCGUGGGUCAGAGGCGAUUCAAGACCCGGCUACAAAGUGCCACGCCUCGGCCUCCACGGAGUAAUGCGAAGGGGCGUGCAAUAGUGUCAUACAGGGACGGAGAUACUGUGGGAGCAUCGGCUCCUGAGCUUGGUCCCGAUAAUAAAGGUCGACGUCUGUUAGAGAAAAUGGGUUGGACCCAAGGCACCGCUCUCGGGGCUCUGGAGAAUAAGGGUAUCCUACAGCCCAUCACACACACCGUAAAGAUGACUAGAGCUGGGCUUAAAUAGCCAUAUGCCUUCAACUUUCGGUCUAAAAAAUCAGGCGGCUACGCAUUCCAGGAUGUCAAGAAAACAUGGCUUCGGAGCUCUGGAAAAUGGUGUCAUUCGUGCAGCGUAUAUUAUCAUGAUGCCAAACAUCCCCUCAACCCGUGGUUACCACGUGUAUCAACAUUGGCCUAUAAGUGUUCUAGCACUGGGCUCUGAUGGAUUUUGGAGGCUAUAGCAUGAUGUACUU